AUGAAACUUAAUGAGCAAAUACCAAAGGACCUGUUACGUUUGAUAAAAAGCUCCAAGUAUGUUCAUGUAGCGACAUGCUCGUCAAAUUGUGUACCAUCUGUUUCGUUAAUGCAUUAUAUAUUCAUUUCAUCUACUGAAACCUUUCAUAAGCAUGAGCAUAGUAUAGAUAUAGACCGUAAUGAUUAUAUUAUAUUCACGGUAUUCGAAAAAUCGGUAACCUUUAGUAAUGUCAUGAGCAAUCCAAAUGUUGCGUUGUUAUUUCACGAUUGGAUCACUGCUAAAAAUUUAACUCUUCGAAAAAAAAGCGUGCAUGAUAAUGAUGAUUGUUCACUCGUUGAGUCAGAAUCUACAAAACUUAAUAAUUUUUUACGAGAUUUGAAUCAAAGUGAAUUGAAUCAAGUUAGCGCAACUGUCAAUGGUAUUGCCGAUAUUGUGGACCCUGAUUGCGAAGAAUCCACUUAUUAUAGGCGGUUAUUAUUAACUGCCAAUCCAGACGCAGAUAUUUUCAUACUAGGAGAAGAAACAGCCAUAAUAAAGGUCAAAAUUCAAAAAAUCAAAGUCUCUGAUAUGGAGAAUAACACAUCUAUUUAUGGCCAAACGAUACCGCCAGUUUAA